AUGAAUAUUGUCAAUGAAAUGAUGAUGGCCGCAGGCGCGUAUAAAUUACAGGGCCAUAAAUCCGACCAUCAAAUAGCUCAAGUUUUAGUGACCGGAUUUACCGGGCAACUCAAGGACUGGUGGGACAAAUAUCUCGAUGAAGCAACUCGCCAACAGAUAUUAAGCCACUAUGUCAUUAGGCCAACUACUCAAAUCAUCAAAGAGGAAGGUCCAUCAACAAGGACCGAAGUACAACAUGAAAGGGUAGAGGAUGCUGUCAACACCCUCAUUUAUACCCUUAUAGAAUUCUUCGUUGGCGACCCCUUGAAAUACCAGGAAAGAUCCGCCGAAAUACUCAUGAACCUGAAGUGCCCCACCUUAGGAGAUUUCAGGUGGUACAAAGACAUGUAUUUCAGCAAAGUUCUUAUUAGAACAGACAGUUCGUUGGAAUUCUGGAAAGAGAAUUUUGUCAAUGGACUACCAAAACACUUCUCAAGAAGGAUCAAAGACGGUCUUAAGACAAAGUAUAAUGGAACAAUUCCAUGGCAGACUUUGUCAUACGGAAAAGAGCUUGGAAGAUUUUGCGAUCAAUAUGGAUGCAAGGGGAUAGAGGCCCCCUCAACCUCCAGAAGGAAGAAGGUUAAGACGCAUCCAAAGCCUUAUAAUUCGUACAGGCCCAGAGAAAAGUAUCGAAACAAACCAGUACAAUCUCAAAAGCCAACAUAUUCAAGAAGAAAGUAUACUCCUACAAAAACCCAUAGAGGAAAGAAAAAGCAAACUUGCUUCAAAUGUCGAGAAGAAGGACACUAUGCUAACGAGUGUCCGAUAAGAGGAAAGAUCAAUGAGUUGGAUAUAGAUCAAGAGCUGAAAAAUCAGCUACUACGACUGGCUCUAACCGACUCAGAACAAUCAAGCGAGGGAGAAAUCCUCGAACUCCAAGAAGAAUCCGAUUCAUAUUCUAGCACAGAAUAUGAAUCAGGACAAGAAGGAAAGAGGACGUGCGAAGGAUGCAUAAAUGUCCUUACAAAGGAUCAAGAAAUUCUACUCGAAGUAGUAGAAAAGUUCAAGAUCCAGAAAUUCAACAGAAAAUCGCUCAACGACUCAGAGAUGCCAUGA